AUGACACCCAAUGUCAUAGGUACUAGUCGGCACUUGAUAUUUGGAAAAUUGGAAAUUUGGAAAAACCAUGAUAGUCUUGGUGACAGUCUUACAAAUGGUAUAUACUGGAUAUCUCUUGAGAAACCCGGUAAAAGAAACGUUGAAAACUCCUUCCCCGUGUUUUGCGACAUGCAAGCUGGAGGAUGGACAUUAGUAUUCAAAACAGUAUCUGGAAAUCCACUAAGAAAGAUCGCGCGAUUUUGGAAAGGAAACGAUUUUUCUCGUUUCUCCCCUGCAGCCUUGAAUAAAAACCCUGGAUUCAGAGAAGAUUACAAAAACAGAAUUGUACAUUCUAGAAAUUGGCGUACAUUUGGUCCAAAAGAGGCACGAGUGGUGUUGUAUAAGAACGGCAAAGAACAGCUGGUUUUACGAUUCAACGCUUCUUCGAGUACCUAUAUGAACUGGUUUUCCCACCCACGACUUCUUGAAUCACCAUGGAAUGACCUAGCUGGUUCAACGUUUAACUACUUUAAAAUCGAGGGCCCCUGUUGGAAUGAAGAGUGCAGAGAUUUUCAUAUCAAUUUCUUCUAUAUAACGUGCGAUUACGAUGUAGGUUGGCUCGCGGUAUCUUCAAUGGGUAUUACAGACGGCUGCGAUUGGGAGAAAAGGUUUCCUGGGAAUUCAUUCAUAUUCAGUAAGAUUGGGAAAAAAGUCAAUUACAAUCAGUAUGAUGAUGUUAGUGGCGACUCAGAUGUGUUUGCUGUUUAUGUGCGAUAAUUUGGAAUUUCUUAACUGUACCAUGCAUAACACUACCAUGCAUACAGGGUGUCCCAAAAAAAACGC